AAUCAUUCUACACAAUUACAGUGGACAAAAUGGCAUCCGCAAUUGGCAAAGAAGGCGUCUUCCAGCCACCCAAGGCAGCCCAAGCCCAAGAUAAGCCAGGGCUGGAGAAAAAAAUGGCACCAGCGAGUGAAGCAACCAAAUUGGAAUCCAGUGGAACCUUCGUCGAAUACGUCGGUUCAGGGAAACUGAAGGACAAAAAGGCUCUUAUCACCGGCGGCGAUUCGGGAAUCGGCCGGUCGGUCGCGGUCCUAAUGGCACGAGAGGGAGCCGACGUCACAAUCGUGUACUUGCCAGAAGAGGAAGAAGAUGCCCAGGAUACCAAGAAAAUGGUCGAAUCCGAGGGCAGAUCAUGUCACCUUUUCGGUGGAAAUCUGGCUAAUCGCGAGACAUGUCGCAAGGCUGUUGAAGAGCAUAUGAGCGCGUUGGUAGCCCUAAUAUCCGUCUGCCCAGGGUACUUUGCUGAUAAUAGCCGUAGUUAUAAGAAACUGAACAUUCUUGUCAACAACGCCUCGAAGCAAUACAUGUGUAAGGACUUUGCGCAGAUUGAUCUCGACAAUGUUGUCGAUUCCUUCGAAAGCAAUAUCAUCCAGAUGUUUGCGAUCACAAAAUUUGCCCUUCCGCAUUUGUCCAAGGGUGAUUCAAUUAUUAACACCACUUCCACCGUGGCAUUCCGAGGAACAAGCGGCAUGGUUGACUAUAGUGCGACCAAAGGUGCUAUUGUUAGCUUUACCAGAUCAUUGUCCGCGCAGCUGAAGCCAAAGGGUAUCCGCGUUAAUGCAGUAGCUCCUGGUCCCGUUUAUACACCCAUUCAGGUCGAUACCCGAGAAGCCGAACAGAUGGAGGACUUUGGGUCUGGAUCUUCUAUCGGUCGACCGGGUCAGCCAAGUGAAGUCGCCACAAGCUUUAUUUUCUUGGCCAGCGCAGAUGCUGCGCUCUUUUAUGGACAGGUCCUGCACUGCUAUCCUCUGGGGGAUUAAAUUGGAGACUCGGGUGAUCGCUGCGUCAGCAUGCCGCCAAGGCAAAUAUGCAUUUUCCAUCGUCACUUGCUCGCUCCAGAACAUAUCUCUGGGAAAUUUUAUGAGAGAAUAUGUACAUGUAUCAUAGCUCUGAAUACUGCCGU